CCAAGCUGCCGUCCACUGUCCGCUACCGCGCCGCUACCCUCCAUGGAUCAAAAGAAGCUCCGGGAGUUGACCAAGAAGGAGAAGGAGCGCCGCGAUGCUCCCGUGAAGCCGAAGGCGCGCCGCGUGGAGUCCAACGCGCUGCUGGCGAAGCGGCUCCGCGCGGAGCCGGAAAAGCGCCCGGCCGCGCAGCGCCCGGAAGGGGAGCCGGAGGCGCCGCAGGUGGCUGAGCAGGUGGCUGAGAUGGAGGAGGAGGUGGGACCCGAGAGCAAGGAAAAUGAAGUGAAUGAAGUGGAAGAGCCGGUGGUGGAGCAGACGCUUCCGAAGAAACCGGAGGUUGAGGAGGACAAGCAGGACAAGGAGGAGGAGGACCAGAAGGAAGGAUUGCCUGAAGGCUUCUUUGAUGAUCCUGAUAUGGAUGCCAAGAUGAGAGGUCAAGAGGCACCUUCCAAGAAAGCCGAACGAGAGCUGGAGGAAGGUCUGCGCAGAUUUGAGCGAGAGAUGCAAGCUGAGCAAGAGAGGGCAGAGGAGAAAAGACAUCAAAUCGAUGAGGAGAAAUAUGAAGCAACAGCUGUUGAAGAGCAAGAGUUUCAAGUGCAGCUUCAGUCUCGCCUUGAGAAGCUGCGUCAACAGACGGCCCAUCGAAAGCUCAACAUGCCAAAGGAGGCAGAAAAGGAGGAAGAGCCGGAAGAUGAUGAGGAUUUGGAUGACGAUGACUUGGAUGGAUUGUCGCUUGACUGGCGCGCCAAAGGCUUCAGCUAAGGGGAGCAAAAAGAAGAGUUCGUGCCCGGGCGUGGGGAAGAAAUAUGAAGAAAUCCUGGACAGAUCUUUCAAAACAAUCAUGAAUCUUUCAUAUCCAAUCUCUACAUGAACCGGUAUAGCCGUGGCAUGCCGUGGGCUGCAGACCGAUCCGACCCCCCAAGCGUCGCGUGGUCGCCUCGACUCGGUGCCGUCCGGGGUAGACCCUACCCGACCGACCCGACCUUCCUGUAUGCACAUGUCCAGGCCGUGAGGGAACCCAAGUCAUGCACUGUCCAAUCCCCCAUAAAACCAUCCCUACUAGCAAUGGCCUCCAACCUACUCGGGAUCGCCUCCAACCCAGUAGUACCCUAGGCCCUACACUAUAUUUACCCUCCAAAAAGUGCGGAAGAACAGGUUAGGCUCCAUCGCGUCUCCCACGACCAGGCACGACGGAGCACCGGACCCGCCACCCGCGGCGAGCGGUGAAAAACGCCGGAAGUGCACGACCUGCGCGGCAUGCACGACAUGCACAACAUGACACCGUGGCACCUUCAAGUGGAGGGUGACAACAGGUGACCCUUCAUUUGCCAGCUAAAAACAAGCUCAAAAGAAUAUGCCAUUGACUCGUAACGGAUAAUUUUUUCUCAAACGGAUGGUCAUGGAUGGCGAUCCCUCUUUAGUGCUAUGUGAAAACGCUGCCAUUGGUGGCCCAGAAAUGUAGCUCCAAUCUGCAAACUUCACCG